GAAAAAGACACGUUUACGCUCACUUCGCUAUUCGACAUCAUGAGCCGCGUUCUGACUGUCGCUGGUGGCCUCGUGGUGCUGGCUGCUGCCGUUGCUGCUGUGUCCGCCGCGCUUAACCAGACUGCGGAUGCUGGCGCCCGUGUGUCCUGGGAAGAAGCGCUGGGUCGCAUCGACCGCCUCGAGUUCUUGUUGCCGUACUGGCAGUACAUGCUCGACAACUACUCAUCGUUCACAAUCAACACGGGUCUGACGUUUGCGUUGCACCAGAUCUGCUAUUUUGGCACGUGGGUGCCGUACCUGCUCCUCGACUUCUUCCCCAUCUUCCACAAGUACAAGAUCCAGCCCAAGCAAGACAACACUUGGCCUGGCACGUACAAGUGCCUCAAGCUGCUCGCGUUCAACCACGUGUUUGUGCAGCUGCCCAUGAUGGUCUCCAGCGACAACUCGCUCAAGAUGCUUGGGUUCGGCAUGGAAGCGCCGCUGCCGUCGCUUACCACGAUCGUGUGGCAAGUGCUCGUGUCGGCCGUGCUCGAAGACUUUUACAACUACUGGGCGCACCGAUUGUUGCACUGGAAGCGCAUCUACAAGUACAUCCACAAAGUGCACCACGAGUACGCCGCUCCGUUUGGCAUCACCGCCGAGUACGCGCACCCUGCGGAGACGCUGAUUUUGGGCAUCGGCACCUUCCUCGGCCCGUUCCUCCUCACGCGGCACCUCCUCACGCUGUGGGUGUGGAUGUGCGUCCGCGUCAUCCAGUCCGUGGACUCGCACUGUGGCUACGAGCUGCCGUGGUCCCCCACGCGGUUCCUGCCGUUCUGGGGCGGCGCUGUCCAUCACGACUACCACCACGAAAAGUUUGACGUCAACUAUGCAUCCUUCUUCACCGUGUGGGAUUAUGUGUUUGGCACGGACGGCGCUUUCCGCGAUGCGCAACAUGCCAAGGUGUUGGCAGGGACGUCCCAGUGGAGCGACAUCUUCACCAAGCUCGGCCUCGUCAAGUACAACACGGUGGGGGCGAAGAAGACGAACGCAGCUUCAUCCAAGACGACUGGCAAGGCCAAGGUGGCCUAGACCAGUUAUUUAAUGGAGAGUAAUGACGAUAGUACUGUAUAUAUUCAACGCG